UUCAUUACCACUGCAGCGUCUUUGGUAUGUGCUCGGUAAUUUUACACGUCACAUACGUAAUCGUGUAGAAAGUUUUCGUAUAAAUAGCGGUAGAUGAGCUGCAGUAGGUACAUUGUGAACCAAUCUCGACUUGGAUCAACAUGAAGUUUUUGAUCGUAUCUCUUGGCCUGGUGGUGGUCGCCUCCGCCCAGUAUCAAGGAAACCAGUAUAAGGAGUCAGCUUCACCCAACGCCAGGAUCUUGAACCAGGAUUUCCAAUCGUCUCCCGAUGGCUCUUACCAAUGGUCAUACGAUACUGACAACGGAAUUGCCGCGGGUGCGAGAGGAGUCCCUGUGAACGCAGGGCCCAACGGUGAGGGUGGAAUCGAGGAACAGGGUAGCUACCAGUACACGGCUCCUGACGGCCAGGUGAUUGUCACCAAAUACGUCGCCGGCCCAAAUGGCUUCAUUGCCGAAGGACCCCAUCUUCCGGUCGCUCCACCAAUACCCGAGGCAAUCCUCCGCUCUCUUGCGUUCAAUGCAGCUAACUCCCCGAAAGAAGUACGCGACUACAAGACCCCACAGGUCGCGUACCAGCCGACCACGCAACAACCCUUCAGGUUCUCUCCGACCCCCUACCCAGUGGUUUCCCAGCAACCCAACUACUACAAUCCUGGAUACAACCAGCAAUCCUACCAGCAGUUUGGACGCCAGUAA